UGUGCAGCUGAGUCAGGAUGAUCCCUGUCCUGGGUAGGUGGAAGCUGCAGUGGAAGAGGCAGCCCUGAGCUUCAGGCACCUCAACUCUUCUCUCCCCCAUUUGAGAAUUCAUCUGGGCUAUGGAACUCUUCUAACCUCGUUGGUUUUCAACUUGAAGCUACUUUUUGAAAGAAAAACAAGAUGUCAAGGAAAAUUUUUCCAGGCUGCUUCUCUACAAUGAUAUGGAAAAACCAUUUUUUCAAGAAAACCUGCUGCCAAUGCGGUGAUCCAGAAACAGAAACCCAAAAUGAGGAGCUGGAGAAGAGAGGAAAAGUAAGGAAAAGAAAGAAGAAAACUGAAAAUAAACGAGUGAUCAUCUCCAAUUUGCCCUUUGGAAGCAAGAAGUGGAAGGAAAAUCCAAACAGAUACUACGACUCCAAUGAAAUUAAGACCACAAAAUAUUCCAUCUUCACUUUCCUCCCUAAAAAUAUCUACGAGCAGUUUCACCGCUUCGCCAACAUUUAUUUUGUGUUCAUUGCACUGCUGAAUUUUGUGCCAGUGGUGAAUGCUUUCCAGCCAGAGGUGUCUGUGAUCCCAAUUUGUGUUAUAAUGGCCAUCACUGCCAUCAAAGAUGCCUGGGAGGACUUUCGGCGCUAUAAACUGGACAAAGAAAUCAAUCACAUGGGAUGCUGCAUUUACAGCAGGGAGGAACAUGCUUAUGUGGAGAAGUGCUGGAAGGAUGUCAGAGUGGGCGACUUUGUGCAGCUGCAGUGCAACGAGAUCGUCCCAGCAGACAUCCUGCUGCUCUACUCCUCUGACCAGAACGGGAUCUGCCACCUGGAAACCGCCAACCUCGACGGGGAAACCAACCUCAAGCAGCGCCGCGUUGUGAUGGGCGCCAGCAGCCAGGAUACUGUGUAUGAGCCAGAGUUUUUCCAAAACACCAUCAUCUGUGAAAUGCCAAACAAUGAUCUCAACAAAUUCAAGGGUUACAUGGUGCAGCCAAACCAUGAACAGGUAGGUUUCAACAUUGAAAACCUCUUGCUUCGUGGAUGUACAAUCAGAAACACUGAGGUGGCAGUAGGAAUUGUUGUAUAUGCAGGUCACGAGACGAAGGCCAUGCUCAACAACAGCGGCUCCCGCUACAAGCGCAGCAGGAUGGAGCAGAGAAUGAACAGGGACAUCUUCAUUUGUGUGGGACUCCUGCUGGCCAUGUGCCUUGUUGGAGCUGUAGGCCAUGGCAUCUGGACAGGAAACUUUCAGGAGCAUCCACCUUAUGAUGUCCCAGACAGUAAUGGCAAUUUUGUCUCUCCAGUUCUUGCUGGUUUCUACAUGUUCCUGACAAUGAUAAUCCUGUUGCAGAUUUUAAUCCCCAUAUCUCUUUAUGUGUCAAUUGAGUUGGUCAAGCUGGGCCAAGUCUUCUUAAUUCACAAUGACAUUGACCUGUAUGAUGAGGAAGCAGAUCUGCCCAUCCAGUGCCGUGCCCUCACUAUUACUGAGGACCUUGGACAAAUCCAGUACAUCUUCUCAGACAAAACUGGGACACUAACAGAAAACAAAAUGGUUUUCCGACGCUGUACUGUCGAUGGAAUUGAGUUUUCCCACCAGGAAAAUGACAGGCGGCUGAAAACGCAGAAGGAGCUGGAUGUGGAGAAGGAGGAGUUGACCAAAGCUCACCAUUGGACUCUCCGUGCCAUGGGGUUUGGGGGAGCAGGCGGGGGCCAGCGCGGGGCCCGGGCGCUGCGCCGGUGGCAGAGCGAGCGGGCGCAGCCGCGGGGGCACCGCAGGAGCAGGUCGGGGUUCAAGGACACCUGCCAGUCCCACGUGGCGUUCAGCAGCCCCAUGGAGAAGGAUGUGACUCCUGACAGCAGGCUGCUGAGAAGAGUGCGGGAGGCUGCCCUCCAGAAUGAAAGCUUCUCUCCUUUUAUACCAGAGAAGACUUCCACAUCCUUUACUGACUUUUUUCUUGCCCUUGCCGUUUGCAAUACAGUUCUGGUUUCCACAGCUACUGAGCCAAGACAGAGGGUCACAAUCCCACCACCAAUAAAACCUUCGGGAAUCACUCUGGAGAAAAUUCAUCAGAUAUUUCAAAGGCUAAAAUUAGCAAGCCUUAGUCAAUCUUUUUCAUCAUCUCAGUCUAGUUCACAGCUUGGUGCCAGCUUCAGUGCAAAGAGCCCUGAGGAGCCUCUUGCUGUGCUGGAGAGCGGUGACGAUGAAACCAGCUGCUCUGCCAGCAGUGGAGGCCAGGAGCUGCAGGACCAGGGCAGCACAGAUCUUGGAGCUGCUUCCUUGGAUGAAGUUUUCAGGUCUGCAGCCAGCAGGUCUGUGCCAGCAGAGCUUUGUUACGAGGCUGAGAGCCCGGAUGAGGCAGCUCUGGUCUACGCUGCCCGCGCCUACGGCUUCGUGCUGGUGUCCCGGACCCCUGAACAGGUCACUGUGCAGCUGCCCCAGGGCUCACUCCUGACCUUGGACAUCCUCUGCACCCUGGGCUUUGACUCAGUCAGGAAAAGGAUGUCUGUGGUGGUCAGGCACCCUUUGACCAAGGAGAUUGUUGUCUACACGAAAGGCGCUGACUCUGUAAUAAUGGACCUGUUGGACAGCUCCCCCAAAGGUGACAUUAGCUCAGAGAGGAGACUGAAAAGAAUAAGAGAGAGAACACAGAAGCAUCUGGACUACUAUGCCCGUGAUGGGCUGAGAACUCUGUGCAUAGCUAAGAAGGUCUUGAAUGAAGAUGACUUUCAAAAAUGGGCCAAUUUCCGUCGGGAGGCAGAAGCUGCGAUUGACAACAGAGAGGAGCUGUUAAUAGAGACAGCACAGCAUCUGGAGACCAAAUUCACCCUGCUGGGAGCAACAGCGAUUGAAGAUCGCCUGCAGGAUGGAGUCCCUGACACUAUUGUGUCCCUCAGAGAAGCUGGGAUAAAAAUCUGGGUGUUGACAGGAGACAAACAGGAGACAGCAGUUAACAUUGCAUACUCCUGCAAGCUUCUGAACCAGAGGGACACUGUCUUCACCAUCAACACUGAAAAUAAGGAAACCUGCGAAUCCCUCCUGGACUUAACCCUGGAAGAGGUGAAGAAGAGCUACGAGCACCACAAACCGCAGAGGAAGCUUUUUGGCAUCAUCCCCACGUCUGUCCCUGAGGCCCCCAGCCCCGAGUUUGGGCUGGUGAUCGAGGGGCAGACCCUGAGCCUGGUGCUGCAGGGGGGGCUGGAGCAGAAGCUGCUGGCGCUGGCGCAGCGCUGCCGCGCCGUGCUCUGCUGCCGCUGCACGCCCCUGCACAAGGCCAUGGUGGUCAGGCUGCUCAGGAGGCACCUCAGGGCCAUGACCCUCUCCAUAGGGGAUGGUGCAAAUGAUGUAAGUAUGAUUCAAGCAGCUGAUGUUGGAAUUGGAAUAUCUGGCCAAGAAGGCAUGCAGGCUGUGAUGGCCAGUGACUUUGCAAUAUCCAGAUUUAAGCACCUCAAAAAGCUCCUCCUUGUCCACGGGCAUUGGUGCUAUUCUCGCCUGGCAAAGAUGGUGAUUUACUUUUUCUACAAAAAUGUGUGCUACGUCAACCUGCUCUUCUGGUACCAGUUCUUCUGUGGGUUCUCAGGCAGCACCAUGGUAGAUUACUGGCAGAUGAUCUUUUUCAACCUCUUCUUCACCUCAGUGCCCCCCCUUCUCUUUGGAGUCCUUGAUAAAGAUGUUUCUGCAGAAACACUCCUACGUCUGCCUGAGCUGUACAAGAAUGGACAAAAUUCAGAGAUAUACAACUUGUCAACUUUUAUUAUCACAAUGCUGGAUGCCUUCUAUCAAAGCCUCAUUUGCUUCUUUGUCCCCUACUUGAUGUACAAAGACUCUGACAUAGAUGUGUUCUCCUUUGGCAACCCCAUCAACACCAUCUCCCUCCUGACCAUUCUCUUGCACCUGGCUCUAGAAAUGAAGACGUGGACUGUGCUGCAGCUGGUGACCAUGAUCUGCAGUGUGGCUUUAUACUUCAUCUUCUCAGUGAUCUACAAUGCUGCCUGCCUGACCUGCAACCCUCCCACCAACCCUUACUGGAUUAUGGAGAGGCAGCUCAAAGACCCCAUCUUCUAUUUGCUGUGCCUCAUCACCCCUGUCAUCGCCCUCCUACCAAGGUUCUUAAUUUUUUCUCUACGAGGAACCUUUGGAGCAUCUCUCCUUCUGAAAGCACAGCAAGUAGAUAAACUUCCUAAGGGACAGCAGGAGCUUGAAAUCCAGAAACUCAGAUCAAGAAAAGAAGCUACUGCUGGUGCACCUGUGGCAUCACCUGCAUCUAAUGAUGACCUUGACCAAAGCAUCAGCCACUUGUGUGUGUCACCAUUUCUACACCCAGCAGCAGCCCUGUCCCACAGGGACACAGAAAAUCAGGGAGUUUCUGCCUCUGAUCCUCUUGGGAAAAAGAUACACGAGGAAGGCUAUUACUUCUUUAAUAGGUGGGCAGAGGAAGAAUCUGCUGCUACUGAUUCUUCAGCAGGGCCUUUCUUUGGCCACCAUCCCCUUGUACCCAGCAGGGAAACAGCUCCUGGGCAGGAUGGUGGCAAACUGACUAAAGAUUAUCCCAACAACUUCCAUCUGGGCGGUCACCGGCGCUCAGUGAGUGCAGUGACACUCUGAGGAAACAUUCAGAAAUGGAGCCCACAGCCCAUGUGGAGAAGGACUCAACAGGGAAAAUAAAAAUGAUAAUGCUUAGCCAUUAUGCUCACUGGAAAUGGAGAGACAGGUGACUGGAGGAGUGCAAUAGCAACUCCAAUAUGCAACAUCAGCUGGAUGCAUCAAUGGGUUUAUCAUUACAUGACUUUUUGGUCUUCCUGUUUUGGUCAUUAUACAGGAAUAUUACAUGAGCAUCAUGCAAUUGCUAAGAAUUGCACAAUUAUUUUCUUUCAAAUAUCUUCAUAUCAUAUUAAUAGGGACUACUUGAAGUUUCACUGUUAUUAUUAUGCUGUUGAGUUAAUAGAGAGAGAAUCCAUUCUUUUUUAAACCAAGUCUUAAAGCAAUGCAUCCCACUCUAGAUUUUUGCUAUCAAAAUCUUAAAAAGAGCUUAGUAACUUCAAAAUUAUAACCUGCAGAUGCUAAAGAUUUUUUGCAGAAUAACAGCAAUGGAGAGACAUUAGAUAAUGUUCCAGGUUUUAAUAUAUGUACUUCACACAUACAACAUUAUCAGCUCUACAGCCUGUUUCCUUGUAAGAGUAAACUUAGGAUUUUUAUGCAGAUAGUGGUUUGACCUGAUACUGUUAAGAGGAGGACAAAUGAGCUUAUAAAGAUGAAGAAUACAAAUAGUGAACUAUGUGAAGUGCCAAGACAACUUGGUGGUGAGUGGAGUCUGCUUCUUCAUACCUACAAAAGUAGACAGAUAUAACAAGUCACAUUCAAGGACUUAUGUCCUACAAUUCUAAAGCUGUCACUGAUUUUUCCUCUAAAAAUUCAGUUUCUUAUUUCAAUUCCCUGUAUUGUUAUGUGGUGCUACUGUAUCAAUCAAGUAUGAAUCAUGCUCCUUCACACAGUUGGUCAUAUUUGUUAGUUGAUGGGUCUCAAUAAUGGAGAUUUGGCCAUAUUUGAAGGUCACUAAUCACAUUGUAGUAAGUACAUGGUGUAAAAUGACCAAAAUAUGCAUAAUAUGAUAACCCUUUUUGGUAUCUCAGGGCAAAAAUCUGCAGGAGAAAACAGUGAGAUGUCACCAUCAUAACUACUUAUUGCAAUGCAAUGAAAGGUGACUGUGGUAUUUCUUAUAGAAAUGUUGACUAGGAAGACCAUUUCCUAAGAUUUUCUUCACAAUGUGGGAUGAAAUCUGACCUCAUUUAAAAUUCAAACUAUCUGUACUUGUGUAAAUCUACCACUGGUUCUGAUUUAAUAGGUUUUUAGCCUUUUUUAAUACAUGCAGUAUUUAGCUAUUUACUACCUAUGACAACAUGUGAUCUUUCCAAUAACUGUCUUGAGGUGACUUUAUGAUGCUUGUAUCCCCAAAUCAUCUGUUGGUGUUGAAUAUUCAAGUUCUGCAGCUUUAAGACUGGUUCCAGGAGUAAACAGGGAAAAAAAGGAGUGCAGUUUGUCAUCAGAGACUGCAGGUGCUCCCCUCCAUUCUUCACACAGACUGUGCUGGCUGCAGUGGGUGGUGGGAGAGCUUCUUUUUGCUUUUAGUUAAUUUUUCUGUCUAGCUUAAGCAAAAGAGUCCUCUGGACUGUUUUGUUCCUGUUUUCUUAGAAUUGUUUGAACCUGCUCUGGACUGAAAACCCAUUGGAGCACCAGGAGCUCACACCUGUGGCUCACCUGUGACAUUUCCCAGGCCAGAGAGACUGAGAACAGCCUGAGUGA